UCGAGCAACAUAACAAAAAGUAGAGCAGCAAUAAUACUAUAUUCUUGGCUAGUUCUAACUUCUGACCAUCCUAUAUAAGAUCUUCUAAUAAUGGCUUCUGAGAUACAUGCCAGCAUUUUCUUCUCCUUCCUGUCUAUUCCUCCCACGUUUCCCACCUUAAGCUCUUCGCAUUUCUGAUAAUCUAACCUGUCCUCAUUUCUAUUUUCUGCUUAAAACAUAUCAGCAUAUUCUAAUUAAUCCUUCCUUCAAUAUCCAAGUUCGAUCUUCUCUGUAGUCAUAUUUAUAUUUGAGCAAGAUGUGGGCUUUGUGUUUUGGAGCUUUGAUUAUUGUAAGUUUCACACAUUGGAUUUACCGCUGGAGAAAUCCCAGAUGCAAUGGAAAACUCCCCCCUGGUUCAAUGGGAUUGCCACUCCUUGGCGAGACGAUUCAGUUUUUUGCUCCCAAUACUUCUUCUGAUAUUCCUCCUUUUGUCAAAGAGAGGAUGAAAAGAUAUGGACCAAUAUUCAGGACUAAUUUGGUUGGAAGGCCAGUUGUAGUAUCUACAGACCCAGAUCUCAAUUACUUCAUCUUCCAACAAGAAGGACAGCUGUUUCAGAGCUGGUAUCCCGAGACGUUCACAGAAAUUUUUGGACGCCAAAAUGUGGGUUCAUUACAUGGGUUCAUGUACAAGUACCUCAAGAAUAUGGUGUUAAAUCUAUUUGGUCCGGAAAGCCUCAAGAAAAUGAUCCCUGAAGUUCAACAGGCAACAGCUAAAAGAUUACAACUAUGGUCUCAAGAGGACACCGUCGAAUUGAAAGAAGCUACCGCUAGUAUGAUAUUUGAUUUGACUGCAAAGAAGCUAAUAAGUUAUGAUCAAGAGAAUUCCUCGGAGAACCUAAGGGCUAGUUUCGUUGCAUUCAUGCAAGGCUUAAUCUCCUUCCCUCUGGAGGUGCCUGGGACAGCAUAUCACAAAUGUUUACAGGGUAGGAAAAGGGCAAUGAGAAUGUUAAAGAACCUGCUACAUGAAAGAAGAGCAAAUCCGAGAAAGCACCAAAAUGAUUUUUUUGACUUUGUACUCGAAGAACUUCAGAAAGAGGGAUCGAUCCUUACAGAGGCAAUUGCUCUGGAUUUGAUGUUUGUGCUAUUAUUUGCUAGCUAUGAAACAACUUCUUUGGCUAUAACUAUGGCUAUCAAAUUUCUCUCCGACAAUCCACUGGUGCUGAAGCAGUUAACGGAAGAGCAUGAAGCAAUUUUGAAAAAUCGGGAAAUUGCCGACUCUGGCAUUACAUGGAAAGAGUACAAAUCAAUGACAUUUACCUUUCAGUUCAUCAAUGAAACAGUUAGACUGGCAAACAUUGUUCCAGUAAUCUUCAGAAAAGUGCUCAGAGAAGUCCAUUUUAAGGGAUAUACCAUUCCGGCUGGUUGGGCAAUUAUGGUCUGUCCCCCUGCAGUACACUUGAACCGCGAAAAAUAUGAAGACCCACUUGCUUUCAAUCCAUGGAGAUGGGAGGGUCAGGAAAUAACUGCGGCAUCAAAACAUUUUAUGGCUUUUGGUGGCGGCAUGAGAUUUUGUGUUGGAACAGAAUUUACCAAGGUGCAGAUGGCUGUAUUUCUCCAUUGCUUGGUCACGAAGUACAGGUGGCAAACAAUCAAAGGAGGAAAUAUCGUCCGAACACCUGGUUUACAAUUUCCAGAUGGUUAUCACGUUAAGAUCAUGGAGAAAGAGACGACAUUAAUUUCUUCAUGACCAUAGCAACAAAGUGAUGGAGCAAUUCACGCAUAUAGCUCGAGGGAAAAGAACCGAGUUUCCUGCUUGGCAUCUUACCACCCUUAUCUGCGAUCUGCAAGCUGCAAAAAGGAGUAAUGGUUAAUGCAACAUUUGAGAAGUCAUAAUCGAAGAUAGCAUUUAAGCAGACCAAGUUACAGUUUUGAUCAAAAUCCCACUCCGCUACUUUGGACUUUCAUUCCCAAUUUUCUCAUUAUGUAAAUUCAUUAUAAAAAUAUCAUUUUUUUUAAAAAAAAGAUCUGCAUAUCUAAUAUA